ACAUGGGUUGAUCAUUCACCCGGGCCUUCAGCCAAAGCAGCUGCAUAACCAGACGUUUCUGAGACACGCACAGAAAAUGAUGCACUUCAACAACACUUCAUGAACUAUAUAUUUAACCCUGACUCCAAACCGACGGAUCCAGUUUGUGAGCGGCACAUCUACAGUCAGACCAGCGUAAGAGCUCAGUGCUGCUGGACACUUCAGAUCUCCACAGAUCUGACUGCUGAGAAACACAAGAUGGCUCAUUAUAAUCCAUCCUUAUCGUCUCCAUCAGACGAGGUCAAUCUGGGUGUGUCGGUCAAUCCUCAUGCCAAACCCACUGACUUUGACUUUCUGGCUGUGAUUGGUAAAGGAACAUUUGGGAAGGUGCUCUUAGCAAAACUGAAAGCUGAUGGAAAAUUCUAUGCCGUGAAAGUUUUGCAAAAGAAAGUUAUAUUGAAAAAAAAAGAGCAAAAGAAUAUAAUGGCAGAGAGGAACGUGCUGCUCAAGAGCCUGAAGCACCCUUUUCUGGUCGGGCUGCACUACUCCUUUCAGACCCCGGAGAAGCUGUAUUUUGUCCUGGAUUACGUCAACGGUGGAGAGUUGUUUUAUCACCUGCAGAGAGAGCGGUGUUUCUCCGAGGCACGAGCUCGCUUCUACUCGGCCGAGGUGGCCAGUGCCAUCGGAUACCUUCAUUCUCUCAACAUAGUUUACAGAGACCUCAAGCCAGAAAACAUUCUGCUAGACCACCAGGGUCACGUGGUGUUAACAGAUUUUGGCUUGUGUAAAGAAGGCAUAGAAGCAGAAGGAACCACCACAACCUUCUGUGGCACUCCAGAGUAUCUGGCCCCUGAGAUCCUACGGAAAGAGCCGUACGACCGCACUGUGGACUGGUGGUGUCUUGGAGCUGUGCUCUAUGAGAUGCUUUACAGCUUACCUCCGUUCUACAGCCGGGACGUGUCUGAGAUGUACGACGCGAUCCUGCAUAAACCUCUGCAGCUGCCGCCGGGGAAGUCUGAGGCCUCGAGUCACCUGCUCUGCGGACUCCUGCAGAAAGAUCAGCGUCGCCGGAUAGGAGCCAUUGCUGAUUUUUUGGAGAUUAAAAAUCAUAUGUUCUUUGCCCCCAUUAACUGGGAUGACCUCUACCACAAGCGAAUCACGCCUCCAUAUAACCCAAAUGUGAGAGGCCCAGCAGACCUUCAGCACAUUGACCCAGAGUUCACCAGAGAGAUGGUGCCCAACUCUGUGGGCCGCACUCCAGAUCCCACCCCCAGCCUCGCCACCAGCAGCUCCAACGCCUUCAACGGCUUCUCAUACAUCUCUGGAGAAGACGGCUUCCUCUGAGGCGCGCUCUCUCACCUUCAGGUCACUGAGACGUUUCUGGGCGAUGGAAAAACACUGGACUGCAAUGAGGGUAACAGCUGUGACACAGUAAACGCAACUGUCGGAUGACGAGUUUUAAGUUGUUGUGCUCAUUUUGCAUUCAUAAUAAGAUAUUUCAUCAGUAUGCACUCGUGUUCGUUGUGUAAGACUAAAGGACAUUGCAGGAGACGGAUUUGCUGAUUGCACCACUGGCUAAGCAGCUAUAGUUGCAAAAUCUGUAAAAGUCUAGAUUUCUGAUCUUGCUCGUCUUUUGGGGAUUGUGGAUCUGCGUGCCUUACUCUUGGCAACAUCCUCAUCUAAUGUUCUUCAACUGAUUACUGAAAAACAUGAAAAAUUACACCUUUGCUUUGUAACGUUUUGUGCAAAACGUCCUGUAAAAGCAUUUCUUCUGUUAUUAAAAAGUCACAAUCAAAUCUAUUUUAUGUAUGAUCCGUGAAUGUGAAGUUAAUCUGACUGUGCUUUAUGAAAUCAUGUAUUAAUGCUCAGAAAGUCUUCAGAUAUGUGAAAAACCAUUGAUAAAUGUAUAUGUUUUUUUUUUUUCUUAUUGAAGCUAUACAGAUAUACUGCUCAUAACGUUACAUGUUUUUGUUUAGGGUGUUGUAAAAUCUUUGCUAAAGGUUCCCUUAAUCUGUGUGACAUGUCAGAAUUCACCUUGGGAAAAAUGUGCUGAGAUUUUAUUUAAUUUUCCUCUGAUGAGGCACUUUUUGUUUCCAUAUGACAAAGCAGCAAUGCAUUCAUGCAAGACAUUACAUUCACGCAGAGCAUAUCCAUCUAUUAUAAUAGUAACAUUUAUAACAUUGAUGUUCACUUCCAUUAAAUAAACAUAAAAAACAAA